ACUAUAUGUUUAUUAGUGUGCUGUGUGAUUACUAGUUUUAUGAAAAAAAGUUUUAAAUAAAAAUAUAACGAUAAAGAAGACAAAGUAAAAAUGAACAAAACCAGAUUUUCUAUGCUGUUGUUGGAGCCGGGUGAGAUAUAUUUCGAGGAUUAUUCCUGCACAAUGAACAAAGCAAAUUUACAGGACAAGAAUGCAAUACAGGGUCGUUUAAAACUAUGUUCUAAGUCUCUAGUCUUUGAACCCAGGGAAUGGGAUCAUCCACUUAUAAAGCUUCAUUUUAAAGAAUGCACAGACAUUGACACCAUUACCACAAAUGAAGCAAGAAACACGAUUAAAGUGAGAGUUAAUCAGUAUGCAGAAAUGUUGAAGGAAAAUAUAUUGGCACCAUACAAGUUCCUAUAUGAGGAUGAAGACUUUUAUUUCUUCUUUGAUUUUUCUUCAGCAGAAGAGUGCUUAACUCAGAUGCAGCAGCUCAUGAGAGCAUCAACACUGCAUGCUCCGGAACACAACAGUAUGAUUGCAACUAUUCUCCACUCUAGAUAUAUGAGGAUGGUGUUUGACCCUGUAAUGAUGGAUGAUUACACUGAAAAGAUUAUAUGUGAAUUUCAAACUGAAAAAAUAUCUCCACUUGUCAGACAUCAUGGCAAGCUAGCUCUGACGGCUACUACUCUUUAUUUCCAACCCUUUAGUAAUAUAGAAAAUAGUCCAAUUUUUAAAAUGAAACUAGAUGAAAUGAAAAGAAUAUACAAGCGAAGAUUUUUACUAAGGCAAGUUGGUCUUGAAAUAUAUGGUGCUGAAGAGAGUCCUACAUCCCAUUUGUAUCUAUCAUUUCAAAGUGAGAACGACAGAGAUACAGUUUGCCAUAUAUUGGAAGAGUCACCAAAUGUGAAUCUAGAAAGGGUGCAUGUUGAAGAAAUGACACUUCAAUGGCAGAAUGGAAUUGUUUCCAACUACGAUUAUUUAUUGUAUCUCAACUGUCUUUCAGACAGAAGUAAAAAUGACCUCACACAGUAUCCCAUAUUUCCGUGGGUGGUCGCAGACUACAUUUCGGAAAGUAUAGACUUUGGUAGUGCUGAUAUGUUCCGGGAUUUGUCCAAACCAAUGGGCGCCUUAAACCCGGACCGCCUGGAGAAAUUACUUGAGAGGUAUCAUGAGAUGUCAGAACCAAAGUUUUUAUAUGGAUCCCAUUAUUCCGCGCCCGGUCUGGUUUUGUUUUAUCUCGUACGAAAAUAUCCUCAAUACAUGUUAUGUUUGCAAAAUGGGAGGUUCGAUCAUCCCGACAGAAUGUUCAAUUCAAUGAAAGAUGUUUAUAAGAAUUGUUUGAAAAAUAUGUCAGACUUUAAGGAGCUUGUACCGGAAUUCUACGACACGAGUGCAAAAGGAGAUUUCCUUGUAAACCUUUACGAUAUAGACUUCGGUGCAAGACACGACGGUAGUAAAGUUGUUAAUGUGAAACUACCCCCGUGGGCCAAGUCUCCCGAGGACUUUGUGGUGAAGCUGAGGGAAGCCCUGGAGUCGGAGUAUGUGUCCAGAUAUCUACACCAGUGGAUUGACCUCAUAUUUGGCUACAAACAGAGGGGCGCAGAAGCAGUGAAAGCUAAUAAUGUGUACCACCACGUCUGUUACGAGGGGUCGAUCGAUCUCGACUGCAUAUACGAUAUGAACGAUCGACACGCUUUCGAAGUACAAAUAAUGGAAUUCGGUCAAGUGCCCAAACAACUGUUCACCAAACCGCACGUCAAAAGAAUCAUACCGCAUAUAACAAAACAGCUAUCAAUAAAAGAUUACGAAAACUAUGAAUAUAAUUUGGAGUGUUUGGAUACAAUAUGGUUGCAUAAAGAAGCAGUGAACUGUGUCCUGAGGAAAGAUGACAGGAUCAUAUCAGUUUGUAAGGACGGCACGCUCAAAGUAUAUGAUACGGUUCAAAGGAAGCAAAUUCGCAGUGUCGUCUUGUGUUCGACUCCUCUGAGCUCGUGUGUUAUGGUGGGUGAACAUAUCGUCGCUGUUGGGUCGUGGGAUAAUGAAAUAUAUCUGUACGAUGUUGAAUACGGACGCAUAGUGGAGAGCUUCAGAGCGCACGACGACUCCGUCAACUGUUUAAAGUGGCUGCCUAAAGAGCAUCUGUUGAUAUCGGGUGGUUGGGAUGGCGUGGUCCGAGUGUGGGGGAACGUGGGCAAGACUGGACAAGCCUUGCGCGGACUGAAGGCUGAGUUCGACCACGACGGGAAGAUUAGCACCGUAGCCUUUAGGUACAGAAGACACAUGCUAGAAAUAAUAGCUGGGACGAGCGACGGUGAGGUGUACAUAUGGGACUACUCGUCCAAGGAGCUGAUCAACAAAAUCAGCAUACACUCCUCGCCUGUGAACGGAGUGUGCUUGCUCCGGGAGGACAGGAUAGUCACUGUCAGCGAUGCUGGGGACUUGAACGUUACUGAUCUAACUGUUCUGAAUUCGGUAUAUCAAAAGCGCGUGUCCGCCACGGUGACGUCACUGUGCUGUGACGGCGCCGCCGUGCUGUGGUGCGGCGGCGGCGCGGGCUCGCUGCUGCAGUGGAACAUGACCACGGUGGCACAGUUGAGCGAGCACAAAGCUCAUGACGAUUUAAUCCGGAGCAUACACUACGACUCUGCAUCGAAGACACUUAUUACAGCGAGUGAUGACAAAUCAAUUAAAGUGUGGCAACUUACGCAGAUAUCGUGACCAUUUUUAAUAUUGUUUUUAUUUUUCAAUUUAAUUCAGUAUUAUCUUGUAUUCCGAUCGCGUUGAACUUUUGGAGGUUUUGAUGGUCUCCAUAGCGCAGUGGUAUGCGCGGUGGAUUUAUAAAACCGAUGUCCUGGGUUUGAUGUCCGGCUAGGCUGAUUGAGGUUUUCUAAAUUGGUUCCGGUCUGGCUGGUGGGAGGCUUCGGCCGGUGCUAUGUCGUGUAGAAACCAAAUUGGGUGUGGACAGUGGCGUGAAUAAGGUUGUCGAUCAGUGUAUGUAUAGUAAGAAAAAUAAAGCAAACUGGGAAAAUCUGCAUUUAAAAGUAUUAAGAAAAACAGCUCUAGGGUAUGCAGUACUUUAAUGCGUGUAUGAAGUGCACGCCACUGGGUGUGGAUUUUCAUCCUCCUCCUAACGAUUUAGCUCAUUUCAUUUCCAUCUUUGAUUGCGCCAUCACUCAUCAUCAGGUGAGAUUGUAGUCAAGG